AUGGGGCUGAGAACCCCAACGAGUCCUUGCUCGCCGAGCCCUUGCUCGCCAAGGCAGUACAGCACCUUCUUGAAGGCCCAGGAAUCAUCGCCGACUCUCGUGCUUGCCCAUGCGAGAAUUGGCGAUUCAGGAGCUCAGGAAGUGGCUGAGUUUGCCAGCAAAAGUGUGCAUUUGCGCUUGCUUGACUUGACUGGCUGUGAGAUCACGUCUACAGGUGUACUCCAUUUGGCGGAGGUGCUGAGAUGCAGCAUUACGCUGGAGAGCCUUGUACUACGCCACAAUGACAUCAUGUCUGGACCUGCUGGGGAGGAAGGGCUAGCAGCUCUUUGCCAAGCAGCUGCGUCCAGCUCUUCGUUGAGGCAUUUGGACCUUCGACACUGUGGCGUACAUGGGGAGUCAGCGGCCGCUCACGUGGCCUCGAUCUUGCAGGGCAACGGUGGGCUGUCUCAUUUGGAGCUCUCGUGGAACCACCUGGAGCCCUCUGGCGGACAGGUGCUUUUGGACGGUAUCCGAAAAACAUCCGGUCUUUAUGAUUGUCAGCUCACCGGUUGCAGGCUGGCCGACGAAACGCUUCGCGAUGUUGCUGAAUUGCUGUUGCGAAACAGAAAAGCGCACAAGGCCAGUAUGCAAGCGGGUCCAUACAAGGGCUCAUGGCUGAAGAACAACGCAGAGCUGGAGUUCGAAGGUCAAGUGCCUGCGACGCCGUCUGGGAUGCGCAGUCAAGGGCAGGCGGCUGCUGCGAAUCAUCCGCUCCGAUAUGCUGUGGCCAAUAUCCCCAGCAACGCAGUCGUCUCUGAUGAGAAGACCGCAGAGCUCAUUGAAAGGCUCUUCGAAGUGAGACAUCGCUUUCUGCCGGAGUCGUCGUCUGGGAAGAUCACUCAAAUACAUGAAUUUCUUGAGUACUUGCAACGAGGCCAGGCUGAUGCCAAAGAGAAUCGGCAGGCGUGGAGCUUCGCGAGAGGUGCAGAGUGCUGCUCAUCGCCCCGCGGUGCGCAGGAAUGGGGCCAGCUCAUCGUCGCUUUGGGAGCGAUGGAUGGCUUCGGGUCGCUGUCAGAGGAUGGCGACGCGGCCUGCCUCAUGUCAGGCUCCACCACAUCUGGUGCCAAACUCUUCAACGCUUCCUCCCGCUUCGUGACCCUGCUGCAGCAGGCAGGUUUCGGUGCAGACACAAGCGCCCAUCAAGCGGCCCAUCUGUCUUUGACCUCUGAGACCAUUGCCAGUCUAGUCGGAAGCCUUCAAGCUUUGAUCGAGCUGGAGGGCAGUGUGGCAGUGACUUGUUUGCCACAUGAAGCUUUGUUAAGACUGCGGCGAGCAAGCGAUGCGUUGCUUUUGCUGCAAGAGCGGGAUGGACGACUCGCUUUGCAAGAAAUGGAGAUACAGGAUGACUUGGUUAUUGCGUCGCAGGACUUCAAGCUGAAGGAAUAUGCAUCCUUCGGACGAGAUUUGGGAACGAUUUGGCGACAUGCCCUAAAAGAUGCCUCACCUACCACUCCAAAGGUUCCUCAGACUCCAGCAGUUGGAUCACAGAGUCCAAUGCCCUUAGACGUCCUGAAAGUCACGUCAGCCCUUUUGAUCGGCUUCUUUGGCCACGGAGAGCGCCAAUUUGACGGUGCAAAGAAGAGCUCAUCCGUCUUCCUUUGGGAGGAUCCUUUGCGGUUCACCACCUGCAUGGAGCAAUUACCUGAACUGGAGGCUGUCUGGACUUCAAUCGGCACCGUGCUUCAGACGGCGUCUCCGAGACCAAAACUUUGGGGCUUUUCCACACCUGAUGAAGAUGUCAGACAUCGGGAGGUGCAGCAGUUGGCACGAUUGGGCCGGAUUUUGCAGCAGCUUCCAGGGCUCCUUCAUCAUUGUGGACUGCAGGGAAAGGAGAAGAAGAUGUUCCAGCAGUCUUUGGCCGUUUUUGAAUCGCCGCCCGAAAGGGUUCUGAACGCUGCAGCAUCGUCACUUUUCAUCUUGGAGCAGCACUGGACUGCCAAUGCAUGGCAGGAGGUGGGUUCCAAGCUGGGGCUUUUGAUGCAAGACAUGCUCUUGGACACCUUCCCUGAAACAGUCCAUUUGGACAGCGGCAGGCUGCAGGCGCAAGUUCCUCCUCGUCGACAAGGCGCCGACACGCACGUCAUCCUGCUUUGCCUAUGUGCUGGUCUGGCCAUCCCUGUCACCGGCCUGGCGGCCGCACGAGGAUGGAAUGUCCCCAAGAUUGUCAGUGCCAUGUUUGAGAUCCGCAAGGUGCGGUGUGAUGAUUGCCAGGAGGGGCGAGGGAACGCUGUGGAAGAGAUUCAAAUCGAACUCUCCGCUCGCAUCCGAAGACUGGAAAUGAGUGGACUGUUGCAAGACGACGAGGAAGAAACUAUUGAAGAGAUCCAUGAAUCCAUGAAGAUCCCAUACCAUUCGACUCAUCGCAUUUAA